UUAUAACACCAAGGAAUUGUUCUUUCAUGUUUUGUUUGAUCAAGAGCAUAGAUAAUUGAAUCUUUUAACCAAUAUGAUUGGCAUAUCAUGCCGUUUGCAUAAUUCCUAAGUAAGCAGUUGAUUUUUUCGAUGUUAUAUUUAAUUAUUAUCUUUUUGUGUAUAUAGACUAUAUAGAAGGAUUAUUUGGAAAGAAGUAAUUUUCGCGUAGAGAAAUGGAGCCUGAGGUGGAUAGAAGAAGGGACUUGGGCGGUUCUCUUCCUGUUGAGAAUAUGCAAGCACUUGCUUCCAGGAACUUGAAGGAUGUACCAUCCAGGUAUAUCAGACCAGAACUCCAAUUCGAUGAAGUUUCCGUUGAUGAGUCUCUCCAUAUUCCGGUGAUUGAUAUGAGCAAGCUUGUAGCUGAUCAACUAGGUCAGCAAGAUGAAUUGGCUAAACUUCAUUUGGCAUGCAAGGAAUGGGGCUUCUUCCUGCUGAUCAAUCAUGGGGUACUUGGAGAAGCCAUAGAGAAUAUGAAGAGAGACCUACGGCAGUUCUUCAAGCUGCCACUAGAGGAGAAGAUGGCAUGUGCUCAGACAGCAAACAACAUUGAAGGUUAUGGUCAAGCUUUUGUUAUUUCCGAGGAGCAAAAGCUUGACUGGGGUGACAAGCUUUUCCUUCUUCCAAAUCCCAUCUCCCAGAGAAACAUGAGAUUUUGGCCAGACAAUCCCACUUCUUUCAGAACAACGUUGGACACGUACUCAUCAGAACUUCAAAGAGUUGCUCUAUCUCUGCUGAGAUCUAUGGCCGUGAAUUUGGGAGUUGAUCCAGAGGAGCUUGCAAACCUGUAUAAAGAUGUUCAAGGGAUAAGAAUGAAUUAUUACCCACCUUGUAUGCAGGCAAACAAGGUGAUGGGUCUCACACCACACUCUGAUGCAACUGGAUUGACCUUGUUACUUCAAGUUAAUGAAGUGCAGGGAUUGCAAAUCAAGAAGAAUGGUAAAUGGUUGCCAAUUAAACCCAUUCCAGGGGCCUUCAUUGUCAAUGUUGGUGACAUCAUUGAGCAGAUAAUGAGCAAUGGGGAAUAUAAGAGCAUAGAGCACAGAGCUGUUGUGAACCCAGAAAAAGAGAGACUUUCAAUUGCAGCAUUCCACAGUCCAAUUUUGGAUGCCAUGGUAGGACCUUUGCCAGAUCUUGUCAAGGAGAAGGGGGCGAAAUUCAAGAGCAUAACAAAUGAGGAAUACCUUAGGCUUGUUAUUACAAGCAAACUUGAUGGCAAAAGCUUAUUGGAUGACAUGAAAUUGGGGGAGUGAAAUAGUCUUGAACAAGAAUUUUAUUUUGAAACCAUGCCUUCCAGUGUAGACAUGGCAGCUUGCGGCCUCUAGACUUCCCAGCUUGUCAUUAUAUUCUCAGUUCUAAAAGCCAGAAAGUUCUUUCAGUAAAAUAACAACAGCAAACAUCUUGCUCAACAAGGAAGAUCCUUAACCUGAGACCUCAUUUUCAAUCC